CUCAGAGGCAGCUGCUCGGAUGUGAUCAUGUCCAGUAAACCAGUCAUUUAAGCUUUCUAUGCUUCAGAAAUUCACUGUCAGCUUACAGUAAUAUUAAACGGUGACAGUAUACACAAGAAGAUACGUUUGUCUGGGGAGUUGACAUUCAGUUUUUCCCGGUAUGAAGGGGCUGACUUUGCAUCAGACAAAUGUCGCCCAAGGAGAGCAGCAGCAGGCCACAUGUGGGCAGAGUUUGUCCUCCAACUACGCUCCUCCAAAUCUGGAGAAUAAGCUACUGGCCUCCACACUGAUGCCCAAACCUUCCUCUCUCCAGUCCUCCUUCCUGUCUUCCACUUCCUCCUCCCUUCUCUCCCCCUCUUCCUUCUCGCCUUCCUUCACCUCUCCUCUCCUCAGCACCGAGAACAAGCUCCUUACUGGCCAUUCGUUCGGCCUCUCUUUCCCCCUCACCUCCUCUACAUCUCUCCGUAAUGACUCUCUGCUCUCAAAAUCCCUGGCAAGCAGCGCUCUGCCUAAAUGCUUUGCUCCUUCAUUCCUCCCUCCUCCUCUGGGUGGAGAACCGAGCAGGGAGGAUGGAGGUGAUGAAGCCACGGAGGAAAUAUCGGAAGUGACGCAGUCCUCUUCGGAAGACUCAAGUGUGUAUUCUGAGGAAGACAAUGUUUUGUCUGAAGAACAAGAGGUAGAAGAUGAUGGGACAGCCAUGGAAAUACCUGUUCUUGGAAUAGGGUUGGACAGCCAGGAGCUUGAACAAACUCUGGUCAUCAAACAGGAGAAAUUUGCUGAGAUUGAUAGAGCAAAGGAACAUAUUGAAGAGGAGCUGAAAGAUAACAAGUAUCUCCUGCUGAACCUGGUGUGUUGCUCGCUGCUGAAUAAGAGCAAGGCUCCGGGUCAGAAGGACUGGGACUCAGAGGAGAGCGUCUGGACCAAGAUCAAAAACCUGGCCAAGGACAUUUCUGACUCUGACCCCCAGUUUCUUCUCAAGGUGGCAGUCUACACCCGUCAGGAGUUGAACAUCCGCAUCACAGCGAACUUCUUAUUGGCUCUGGCCGCCAAUCAGCCCUCCACCAAGCCUCAUGUCCGCAGAUACUUCUGUGCUGCCGUACAGCUGCCCUCUGAUUGGCUGGAAGUAGUCAGGAUCUACAGUACAUGCUUCAGCCACUCCCUGCCGAUGUGCCUGAAGAAGGGGAUGGCUGACAAGUUCAAGCAGUUCAACGAGUAUCAGCUGGCCAAAUACAACACCCGCAAACACCGCUGUAAACACAACCGCAAGAAGAAGAACGUUAAGAAACCGACUACUCAGCAGAUGAAAAAGUGGGCGAACUUGCUCAGAGCAGAUACUUCCCUGCUGGAGAAGAUUUUGAAUGUAAAGGACGGCAAAGCGGUGGUGGAUAAAAAGCAGAGUGAGUUCAGUAUAAAGAAGAUGAUCAAGAAGCUUCACAUUAAGGAACCGGCUGAAUAUGUUAUGGCCAUUCUGGGGAAAAAGUAUCCUGCGGAUGCCAAUAUAUUCAACCGCAGUGGAAUAAAGGGCUCGUGGGACAGGGAGAAAGCCGGGAAGCGAAUGAAGCUCAAAGAGCCGGAGACGUGGGAACGGCUGCUCAGCCGGGAGGGGAACAAGGCCGCCACCUGGGAGAAACUCAUAGACAAUAAGUCUGUUCCCUUCAUGGCCAUGCUGAGGAACCUGAGGAACAUGAUCACAGCAGGCAUCAGUGAGUCUCAUCACAAGAAGAUCCUCAGCAGACUGACCAAUAAGAAAGCAGUCAUUCAGAGCCGUCAGUUUCCCAUCAGAUUCCUCGCUGCGUACAAAGUCAUCAUGGAGAUGAAUUCUUUGGCAUCAGAGAAAGCAAUCCCACCCGUUAAAGAGAUCCUGAAGGGCAUCCUGAAAAAGAUUCCCAAGAGCAAACGCUUUGAGAGUCAGGACUGGGACACGACUCCGAAGAGCCGGCUGAGGGUGACGCUUGGAGUGCCGUUUAUCUAUCGACUAUACAAAAUGAAGAAGGAGCAGCUCCUGAAGGCCAAUCAGAGUCGGGUAACUCUGGCUCUGUUGGACCGGUACCGUAAAGCUCUGGAAACGGCGGUCCAGAUCUCCUGUCGUUUCAACGUGCCUCCGCUGCCCGGACGGACCCUCAUCCUCCUGUCCUGUGACAUACCGGAAGAUCGUGAAUGGCAUGAGAAACCGGACUUCUGCCUCCCAGAGGAAGAAGAAGAAGAGGAGAAGGAGGAAGAAGAAGAGGAAAAGGAGGAGGAAGAAGAAGAGGAAGAACAAAGGCACAGAAGGAGAAGGAGGGAGAAACCUCCGGUUGACAAACUGACUGCUUCUGUUAUGGAGACGGCAACUUUGCUCUCUCUGAUGAUCGGCAGCAGUGCUGAGCACAGUCAGAUCACUCUGGUUAGUCAUUAUGGCUUCAAGGAAGUCGAGCUGAAGUCCGAUGUUCUUCUGGAUAAUGUCAGGAGUGUGAUAAAGCAAAGAAAGGCAUUAAUAGAUAUGCCAUAUGAAGAAAAGGAGACAUAUACCAUCAGCAAAAUGAUUCUCAAAAACAAUAAGGUGGACAACAUCAUAGUGCUGUGUGACAGCUGGAUGAGUACGGAUUUAAAGUGGGCCAUCGAAAGCUACAGGAACGAAAUAAACAACAAAGCUCUCAUUGUGGAAAUCUUAUUGACAGAGCGAGAGUCAGAGUUCAGCCCUGAAAGAAACUAUGUGAAGCUGGCAGGCUUCAGUGAACAAAUACUGAGGUUUGUGGCAGAACGAGGAUCAUCCAGGCUGCUGGAACAUGUGGAGCAUUUAGACAAAGUGUACAACGUCCCACCACCAGAGGGAGCUAAAGGCCCUCAGAUCGCAGACAACGUCGUCCAAAUACCAGCCAGCCCCAAGUCAAGGUGGCGAGGUGUGCGUGUGUUUAUCUCCUCCACCUUCAGAGACAUGCACACCGAGCGCGACAUCUUGGUGCGCAGCGUGUUCCCGGAGCUGCGGCGGCGCGCGGCGUCACACUGCCUCUACCUGCAGGAGGUGGAGCUGCGCUGGGGGGUGACGGAGGAGGAGUCGGACCGCGCCGCCCAGCUGUGCCUGUCGGAGGUCUGUCGCUGCCAGAUGAUGGUAGCUAUUCUGGGGGAGAGGUACGGCCUGGUGCCCCCAAAACCCGUCCUCCCCGACCUGCCGCAGCACCGCUGGCUGGCGUCGGCCCCGGCAGAUCUGUCCAUCACGGAGAUGGAGAUCCGUCAGUUCGAGGCUCUUUACCCCGACACAGCCCAGCAGAGGAUGAUGUGCUACUUCAGAGAUCCAAACAUCAACAAAUCAGUUCCAGUGGCUUGGAGGUCUGACUUUGUCACUGAAUCAAAGGAGGCUGAGUCUAAAAUGGCCUCUCUGAAGAAAAGGAUCCGGCAGAGUGAAGUCAAGGUCACUGAAAAUUACUCAUGUGAGUGGGGAGGCGUUGUGGAUGGGAAACCAUAUCUGAAAAACCUGGAGGACUUUGGAAAGGCCUUGCUGGAAGAUCUGUGGAUGGCUAUUGUCAAGCAGUUUGUGGAAGAGGAUGAGGAGGCGGAGGCUUCGUUGGAUGUGAAGGAGCAGGAAGUGCACCAGGGGGCGCUGCAGAGGCAGUUCUUCGGCCGGGCAAAGCUGCUGAUGGCGGCCGGGGAGAUGGUGGAGCAGAGCCAGACCAAAGGAGGGCUGUUGGUGGUGGAGGGGGGACCUGGAGAGGGAAAAACUGUCUUCAUGGCCGCUCUUGCAGACAGCCUCAGGACUGGAGUCAACUCGAGGAAAAACUUCGCCUGUCAUGUCAUCUCCUACUCUACAGCUGCCAGCCAAUCAGCACGCUCCGUGGAAAACCUGCUGCGCUGCCUGGUUCAGGGGUUGAGGAAGAUGAAAGAUACUGAGGAGGAAUCGCCUCUUCCCCAUUCUUACAGAGAUUUGCUGUCUGAAUUUGCCUCGAAUUUGAGUGACAUGAAGAAGAAAAAGCCUCUGGUGCUGCUGGUUGACGGGGCCGAUCUGGUCCAGGAUGACAGAGGUCAGCUCAGCUCUGAGUGGAUCCCACAGCAGCUGCCACAGGGUGUUUGUUUGGUGGUGAGCAUCACAACCAAAGCAGCGCUGUUACAAACCCUGGCCAAGAAACGAGGCACAGUGCUGUUUUCCCUCGGCCAGCUCACCAUGCCGGACCGCAAGGAGAUAGUCCGGAAGGGACUGGACUCCUUCGGGAAGAAACUCAGCGACUCUGCUUUCAACAACCAGCUCCAGACGCUGAUCUCGAAGAAGGGUGCAGUGAGUCCUCUCUACCUGCACCUGGCCUGUGAAGACUUGAGGAACUUUUCCUCCUUUGAUAAGUUGACGGAGGGCCUGCAGUACUUGCCUCAGUCUCUGGGCGCGUUGGUGCAGUACAGCCUGGACCGACUCUGCUCGCAGCACAGAUGCAUGCUGGGACUCCGCUGGGCCCUGGCUGCUCUGACUGUCAGUCCCACAGGCCUGAGGGAGAGAGACUUCUACUCUUUACUGAACACAUGCAACGACUUAUCCUCACAAGACGGAAAGGUCACAUGGCAGGAAGUACUGCAUCUGUCCAGGAAGCCCAAAGGACGCGUUCCCAUGGCGAAUUUCACCCUUAUAGUGCAGAGUGUACAAAGUCUGAUUGGUCCGUCUCACUGCUACGACACUGACGACCUGCUGGCUCUGACCAAUCCGGAGGUGAGGAAGGCCUUCGAGGACUUUUUACUCCCAAUAGACAAAUACAAAACCAGAGCUCACCUCGUCCUGGCAGCUCAUCUGUGGGCCCUCGCCGACUCUCAGGGCUCAGACUCCUUCCUGCACUGUGAGGCCGACUCUGUCCUGCACCUGCCUGCCUGCCUGAUUCAAAGUGACCAGCUGGAGGCUCUUCAUUCCCUGCUCUCCAACUACUACUUCCUGUAUGCUAACGUGCGCCACAGCCUCAUGCACCACCUCCUGGAGACCUACAGCUUGUAUGAUGACAAGCACAAGUCUGCACCCUCAUUACACUAUGAGGGUCGUCUGGAGGACUGCCGGAGUUUCCUGCAGCGUCAGGGCCGGCUCCUCUCCUCCUGGCCGGCUCUGUUCGUUCAGCAGGCCCUCAACGAGCCUUCAUAUAGCUCCGCUCACACCUGGGCACAAGGCCUGAUGGGAAAAGGAGGAGCCCGGGUAGUUGAGUGGCAAAACAACGACCGUAAGAUUCAUCACGAGACCAGUGAGCUGGUGUCAACCUUCUUCUCUGAACCCACCUGUGUGGUGGUGAGCCCGGACGCAGAGCUGAUGGUGGUUGGCACUGGAAAGGGAACGCUGCAUUUCAUCAACACUCAGACCGGACAGGAAGUGAAAUCGCUGGUGAGCAGCUGUGACGGCAUCUCCAGCUGUGUCUUUUUAUUGGACGGACGUCUUGCCACAACCUCCUUUGAUGGACGAAUAGAGAUUUGGGACAUCGGGAAUGGCUGCAGGACUGCUCUCAUUGAGGGCCACACUAAUGUGAUAACAGCUAGUGACCUCACUGCAGACAGGAAGCACCUGGCCACUGUGUCUCUGGACUUCAUGCUGAAAGUGUGGUCCUCUACUAAAGGUAAAGAGGUGGCGGCCCUGCCCAGCUCCAGCCCUCUGAACUGUGUGACCUUUGACCCUGAAGGUCACCUGCUGGCGGCUGGGUGCUGGGAUGGGAACGUGAUAAUGUGGAACUGGCUCCAGAAUGAAACUCUCACAUCCCUGUGCGGUCACCAGAGCUCAGUGCGCAGCCUCUCCUUCUCCCCCUCCUCCUCCAUGCUCUGCUCCGGCUCCAUCUCUGGAGAGGUGCGGGUGUGGUCCGUGCCCACCUCCACCUGUGUGGGGUGUUUCCAGGCUCACAGUGGGGCCACGGAGGCCCUCACCUUCCUGGAUGAAGGGAGCAUGCUGCUGAGCGCCGGCUCCGAUCACAUGCUGCAGCUCUGGUCAGGAGGACUCGGGCGUUCAGUCGCUGCAUUAAAAAGUGAUAAAUGUGAGCAGGAGCCUCCUCUGAAGAAGAUGAAGUCUGCUGCCUCUCAGCCGGCUGCUCUCUGUGUGGCUGUUAACGGGGACUUUGCUGCUGUGGGUUACCACGGAGACGGCAUCAAACUCUUCAGUCUUGAGUCAGGAGAGAGGAUCUGGGACUCGGGGUCCCUGGAUGUGUCGGUGCUGUGCCUGCUGUGGGUCGUUCUGGACUCUGAGCAGACCCAACUUGAGCUGCUGCUGUCGGGAGGAAGUGACAAACGUGUGAGGGUCUGGAAGAGAAAGCUGACAGAGGAGGGGCUGCUGGAAGGCCUGGAAAUGGUGUCAAUGUUUGGUGUAAUGGGCGGCAUCCUGGCAUUCACACAGAACUCCACGAGCCUGGCCACAUCCUCAGAAAGCUUUCCCAUUGCUCUGUGGAAGUUGAGCAAUCUGACCUUCGACUGGUCUGACUUAGAGCCUUAUGAGGUCCUGAGGGGCCACAUUGGGGGGGUCACCUGUCUGGCGUUCAGCCCUGAUGGUGGACAGCUACUGUCCGGUGGAAAAGAUCAGGCUCUGAUGGUGUGGGACGUGAGCUCGUCUCCUGCUGUCCUCUCUAAGUCGCUCCCUCACUCUCACAAAGACUGGAUCACCGGCUGCGUUUGGACUCCAGACUGCGUGAUAAGCACUUCAAACGACGGGAGGCUUUGUUUAUGGGAUCUGCAGGCGGGCCAAUGUCUCAGAGAAAUCUCCUGGAAGAAUCCUCUCACAUCUGUCUGCUGUCUGGGCCGGUAUGUGAUGGCUGGCUGUUCAGAGGGAGCACUACAUGUGUGGAACUGGGAAACAAGUACAGAGAUCUGCCACAUUGCUGCACACAAGCAACGAAUUCACCACUGCUCCCUCCUACCAAAUACAGACAAGAACAAAGAAAUCAACCCAGAAGAAAUGACUGUUUUGACUGCGUCUGAUGAUGGCACAGUGCAGCUAUGGAAACCACUACAGGUGGAGCACAUCAGCACCUUCCAGGGUCACAGCGGUGCGAUAUGUGGAGUUGUUCCCAAAGAAGGUCACCCAGAAUUCCUCACUGUUUCCGAAGACUGCUCAUUGAGAUGCUGGAAGUGGACAACAGAGAGUCCUCCCUGUCAGCAAGGUCCAGUCUCCGCUGUGUGCUUCUCUCAGAGAGGGGAUUUGAUUUUUGCUGGUUAUGAAACCGGUUUUCUGGAAGUAUGGCAGCACAACACUGUGGUGGGCCACAAGCAGACUUCAGACAGCCCCAUCAAAGCGAUCUGCUUCAUGCCUGAUGGACAGUUUGCUGUCAGCUACUUAAAGCCAGCUGUAGACGUGUGGAAGCUGGUGUGGAACCAACAGCACAGCACUGCAAGCCUGCUGAAGGUCACCACACACACAGUGAAAGACCAGGUGGUCCGUCUCCACUUCUGCACCAUCCUGAUCGGUGUGUCGGAUAUUGGAUCAAUAUUUGAUGUCACAAAGUCCGGGAGUGAAUCGUGGCAACACAAAAUCUCUCGUUUAGAAAACUCAGUCCGGUUUUUGGGGAUGAUCCGUAACGAUGAGAAAAGCAUGUGGCUGGUGGGCGAGGAGGACGGAGGACUCAAAGUCGGGUUCUUUUUCGCCAUGGGCCCCGAGUAUAGUUUUUACCCAUCUUUAGGCACCGUGGAUCUAUUCACCGAUGAAGAGGAGAAGAAGGGGUGCCUGAUCACGGCUGGAACUUUGGACAAAGAUUUGGUCGUGUGUGGGGACAUAAAAGGCAACAUGUGGUUCAACCAGAUUUCAGAGGGUUCCUCAUGGAGCAGCAGAAAACCUGCCCACAGUGACAGGAUCAGUGUGUUGAAACUCACUGACUGCAGCAUCAUCUCAGCCUCCUACGACUGGACGGUGAAGCUGUGGGACAGAAACACCAAGAAACAGGUGGGCAUGUUUGUGUGUGGAGGUCCGGUCCUGCACUUGGAGUUGAACCCUGAGAAACCCACUGAAAUGGUUUGUGGUGACGGACAGGGAAAACUCUACUUCCUCUCGUGGAAGGAAUAAUACUCAAGAUAUAUGUCAUAUACUGCAUUUAGGAAAACUACUGCAACGCUAGAGCACUAACCAAAGAUUGUUUGGGAAUGUUUUGCCUACUCUUUGCUUUAAUGAAGGUGAUUGUGCACUAUAUAAAGGUUAAAUGUUUAUUGGAAUACUUUAUUUAUCCUAUAUAGGGUCAUUUAUAUCACAUACAGGGAUCUGCAUCUAUGUAAUAGUUGCAAAUAUAUGUUAACAUGUGCCUUUAAAUUAGAUGGAGGAAAAAGCUUGCAAAUGUAGCAAAAAUAAAAAAAGCCCUUAAAGGUUUUGUCAGGUAUCAUUUUGUGAAAGUUCCAUUAAUUAUUGUUUGUUUAAUUGUUCAAAAUAACAAUGUGGGAUAUGAAACACAGAAAAAUGACAAAUAUAUUUUCUUUGAUGAUAAGUUGAAUGUUCAAAUUGACAGUUUGUCGUUGUUUUGUUGUUGUUUUUGUUUGUAAGGGUUAUUUACAGAGUUGUUCUAUUAAACAAAAAAGGUGUGGUGACACAUUUGUAAUUGUCAGAUUUGUGUGUAAAUCGUGGAAUGUAAAAGGAGAUGAAUCCAAAACUCUGCACUCUGCAAGGGACCGAGUUCAGCUGAGACACCGAUGGCAGACAUGUAAACACAGCUUAUCAGAUAAUGCUUUUACAGCUCUGUUAUCUGCACUCAAUUGCUACUGCUGUAUUGACGAUGGGUCACAUUUAGUGCAAUAAAACAUGUUAAGUAAAUAAAGCUUUUCCCACUGCUGCACACUGAA